AAAAGCUGCUGACGUAGGAGCGGACGGCCAUCUUUGAUGAGGGCACGGCUCCCGGUCCAUUGAAGAAGGAGCCCCGCAGGUCAGCAGCGGCUGUCCUUGCCUCCCAGCUGCGGCACCGAGCACCGACCCCGGCGGAGCGCUGCACAAACCCAGGCUCACAGGCAGCUGAGCACAACUCCUUGAUCUGCAGCUUCCACAAACACACCCACAGCUAAAAUGGCGGAAGAUGCGGAUAUGCGCAAUGAGCUGGAAGAGAUGCAGCGGCGUGCCGACCAGCUUGCUGAUGAAUCCCUUGAGAGCACCCGCCGAAUGCUGCAGCUUGUUGAAGAGAGUAAAGAUGCUGGUAUCAGGACUUUGGUUAUGUUGGAUGAGCAAGGAGAACAACUGGAACGCAUCGAAGAGGGAAUGGACCAAAUCAAUAAGGACAUGAAAGAAGCAGAAAAGAAUUUGACGGACCUAGGAAAAUUCUGUGGUCUUUGUGUCUGUCCAUGUAACAAGCUUAAAUCAAGUGAUGCUUACAAAAAAGCCUGGGGCAAUAAUCAGGACGGUGUUGUAGCCAGCCAGCCUGCACGUGUCGUAGAUGAACGGGAGCAGAUGGCCAUCAGUGGUGGCUUUAUCCGCAGGGUAACAAAUGAUGCCCGGGAAAACGAAAUGGAUGAAAACCUUGAGCAGGUCAGUGGCAUCAUUGGCAACUUACGUCACAUGGCCCUGGACAUGGGCAACGAGAUCGACACACAGAAUCGCCAGAUUGACAGGAUCAUGGAGAAGGCCGAUUCCAAUAAAACCAGGAUUGAUGAAGCCAACCAGCGUGCAACAAAGAUGCUCGGCAGUGGUUAAAUGCAGCAAAGUGCAUUUCCUUUUAAUGCUGUCCAAGAGGGCAGUACCUUCAUGCUUUUAUCAUGGUAUUUACCUACUAGGUUUGCACACAUGCACAUAUCAACCCCAUUGUAAAUGUUGUCCUGUGUAGUUUGUCAGCUUUCCAAAAAUGAUACUUGUAAUUAUUUUUUCUAGAUAUCUUUCUUUCCAAAGGUUGUACAUAGUGCUGAUUUGAUGGCUAUAGCUCACUAUGAUGUUUUUUGGGAUUUCUCCUUUCCUUGUUUCUGUUUGGAUUCCUUUUCUUUUUUCCUCUCCUCCUUUUUUUAAAUGAUGUUUGCUGAAUGACAACAAUGUUGGAAUGCUAAACGUGCUGUUAACCUUUAAAUAUACAGUAUUGUUCUUGUAAAACUGUGACAUUCCACAGAGCUACUGCCAUACUCCUGUCUUUGGGUAUCAUGAUGUUUAAGCACUUAAACCUACUGUCUUCGGUUCUUCAUUGCCAUUAUCUGUUGUUAUGAUUUCAUGAUUAGACAAUGUGGAAUUAUAUUACUAUAACAAGCAUUGCACUACAAAGUGAUGUGAUUUAUGCAUUUAUGCAUGAGGAAUAAAUAGACUUUUAGACUCCUACUUAAACAAGACUUUUUCCCAUGGCAGUAGCACACCAACAAUGACAACAAAAGCAUGCUCAGUAUUCGGACUCUUUUGGGACUAUGUUAUACCAGCAAGUUUGCAGUCGUGCCACUUUUUUCUUGUUGAUAUAUAUAGUUAUUAAUCAUGAUCAUUUAUUUAUUUUUUAAUUAUGAAAAAAAGAGGGAUUUGGCACUCACCAUUUAGCCAUUGCCAGCAAAAGAAGCUUGGCUGAAAAUAUGUCAAAGACAAAAAGAAAUAAGUGUAAUAUAUUAGGUUUGUCUGCUGAUUUUGAAGACUAUCUUUUGGAGGAAACGACUACCAUAUGAAAUGGUGCAAAGAAAUGUAAUUUUUAUAAGGCUCUCUCUUACUAGUCGCUAUCCCCAUGUGGUUUGUUAUCGGUACAGUUCUCUGUUGCUUACCUAGAGCUAUGCACACCAAAUCGCUGAGAUGUUCAGUAGUUGACUUAAUUAAAAAAUAAUAAAAAAACCUAAAUGAAUGAACUCUAGAUAAACUGUGAGAUAAAUAUCAUUUACAGCAUGUAAUAUGAAAUUCCUUAUGUCUCCUGUCAGUUUGUGAAGUGAUUGACAUUUUGUAGCUAGUUUAAAAAUUAUUAAAAAUUAUAGAUCUCAGAA